UUCCCCAGUUUUGUAAAGAUUUUUGUAGCGGUGGUUGUGUUGAUCGUUUGCCGGUGCACAUUAUAUAGGAAAUGCAACAUUUUUCACAUUUUAUAUAUGUUUGUUGGACGUUUUAUGACACAUUCAGUUCAAGUUAUAGUUUACUGUGUUGAUUUGCUAUAGCCUAAGUAGUGAACGCCUUGUGUUAGUGUGUUUUAUUUUCGUAUAAUUUCAGUUUAGUGGUUGUGCAAGGAUUUGUCCCAUCGACACUUGAUUUGCUGCCUUGAUCUGCAUUCUCUGGUGUUUAUGAGAUGUCCUCUCGGUGAAAGUGAAGUACCAUCGGUCCGGCCCACCAUGGCGUCGUAGGCAGCAAUACUGAUAGAUAGUUGCGGUGUGAUCGUGAAAGGUCGCGAUGGGCGCGCCGGGCGUUUCGGACGAGUAUUCGCCGCCGCGUCUCUCGCGGCUGCUGCACGCCUUGCCGCAUAUCAACGUGACUCUGCAUCGGGUUAACGACACGUUUGCUCCUAAUUCCCCUGUUUAUCUAGAGAGCUUGGGCAUCCUCGGAUCCAUACCGGGCGCGUGGCUGAUCCUCACCCUGACAGUACUCCUCAUAUACCUGCUCACAAGAUGCUGCGACAGAAAGCAACGGCCACCAAGGAGUAUCACUGCUUUGAAGAUAACAUUGAUGAUCCUAUCGGUGCUGUGUUGCGGGGCGAUCGGCGUCGGUCUCUUCGGCAACGAUGACCUGCACAAUGCCAUGUUGCAAAGCAUCCAGGCCGGCAACCAGCUGGCCGCGCUCGUUAACACUGUUAAGAACCAGUCGAGCAUCCUAGAAGAAGCAAUGGGUUCGCGAGCACGGGCGCCUCUCGCCCGACUAGCGGACGCUCUAGACGCUCCCGUAGCCAACCAGACUGCUCUCGGCACGUUACUGCGAGCGUUGUCUGCUCUGCGCAACAACGCGAGCGCAGCUGCCUCAGCCGCUGACAAUCUGCGCCGGCCACUCGCUGCGUUGAACCUCGACGCUUUUAUGAAGCGUGCAUGGGUUUGGGAGGCGGCGCGCUGGGCGGGCGGCAUGGCGGGCUGGUGCUGCGGCGGUGCAGUCUGUGUCGCGCUGUUGGCUGCCGCCGCACGGCGAUCGCGACGGGCGUUACUGUUGCUCUGUGUGGGAGCACUAGGCGCAUUAGUGGUGUGCUGGCUGGCGGGCGCGGUGCUGGCGGCGGGCGCGGUGGCGGCGGCCGACGCCUGCCAGGACCCCGCCGCCGCGCUCGCGCACCAUGCGCCCCACAACUUGCCUCAGGACAUGGUGCAUUACUACUUAUCAUGCAAGGUGUCUCGUGAAAACGUGCUGACUGCCGAACUGAGGAACGCGCAACGAGCUGUAGUGGCCGUCAGACAGGCGUUGGCUGUGCUGGCUAGAGGCGCGCCGCAGCUGUUUAAUGAUCCUGGGCUGCAGCCGGCGCUGGGAGCACUGGGCGCGGGUACAGGCGAGGCGGAGCGCGCGCUGGUGGCGCUGAGCGGCGCGCUGGAGUGCCGCAUGGCGCGCGCCUACUUCGUGGCCGCCGCGCGCGCCGCCUGCGACGCCGGCCUGCAGGCAUUGUCACUCCAGCUGCUAGCGGCGGUGGCGGCCGGCUUCCUGUUCACAGCUAUCGUACUGGUAGACUCGCAUGCCUGGAUAUACAUCAACACAAAACGAAGCGGCGGCGGCGAGGAACAAGCUCCAUUCUUAUCAAGCGGCGGCAGCAGUCAGGCCAGCCGUACUUUACCAAGACCCGCGCCAUACAACAACGGCAAACCGCCUUCUUACGGGGCUGCCGUACAACUGAUGGAUUUGGAGCGACCUAGCCCCGGCAAGCCACCAUCCUACGGCGCCGAUGUGCAACUCAUGGACUUCGACAAGCCCAGGUCUCGCAUGUCGGGCAGCGCGACGCUGGGACGCGGCGCGGGCGGCGGCGGCGCGGCGGCGCUGGGCGGCGCGCACACGCUGGGCCGCGCGCCGCACAACGGCAAGUACGCCACGCUCAGCAAGCAGUGCAAGACGCUCGAGAGCAGCGACUUCUACUGAGACCGGCCCGGCGGCGCGCACCCACCCGAACACAACGCAGGUCAAACGGGACGUUCGACAAGCCUGAACCGCUUCGACCCGAAGUACGCGUCGUUCGGGCCCCGCGCGCCGCGGCCGCGUCCCGCCGCCGCCGCCGUCUCGCUCGGCACCUUCUCCGCGCCCGCCGCCGACAAGUUCGCCACCGUGCGGCCCGCGCGCAAGCACGAGCCGCAGCCGCUCUCCGCCGCCGCGCUCGAGUACCGCUCCCUGCAGCGCCCGCGCCGCGCCCCGCCCACACAGCCCCACGCUACCCACACCACGCACCGCCGCCGCCAGGAGCGCCCCGAGCGCCCAGAGCGCGGGGAACGCCCCGAGCGCGGCGAGCGCCCCGAGCGCGGCGAGCGCCCCGAGCGCCCCGAGCGCGGCGAGCGCGAGCGUCCCGAGCGCUCCGAGCGCGCCGAGCGCAUCCACCCCCCGCACCAGGACACGCGCGACCUCUACGCCGUCACAGAACUCUAGGGAACACCCCACACCUCCCUCACCCCCAUAGACAUACUGCUAUAACCCCCAGUGAAAUAAAUCACUUCAAAAAACGCUGCGGCUGCCCCUAGUGUACCCCCAAUCUCUCCCUAAGACGCUGUGACCAGUGUACUCGAUACGAUUCGUGACGAUUUCGACACUCGAUAUGUCGCUAUGUCGAUCAUAGCGAAUGCAGAGUGAACUAUGAACUUUGUGGAUUUGUGACUGAUAUGUUCUCGGCUGUGGAUUUACUGUUUACGUAUGUGCUAACAGAAUAGCUGUCGAAAAGUUAUUUCAAAAUAAAAAGACAAGUUUUUGAAGUAGCUUAAAAUUGAUUAAAGUAAAAAGACGUUUGAUGACGAGUUUCUGUCAGCACAGAUGUGUAACGGCUCGAUUGAUUUCUACCUGCGCGUGAUUGCUCAAAAUCUUUGUAAUUUAUUGUGAAUACUGGUCUAAUAUAUUUUACAUCUAAAAUAUUUUGACUAUAGUUAUUUUUGCUGUCUCGAAUUUUGAUAGUGAAUCAGUUUAGCACAAAUAUUUAGGUAAUGUUACAACGUAACUACACUAAAAAUCAUCUUCAGUGAGGCCUAUGUUUUUUACAUAUUUUUAUCAAAAACUUGCAUCGGCAUAAUUUUUUAUUGUUUGUUUGUCAGUAUGUAUAAUUAAAGUCUAAUAAGGCUGUGUUAGCGAAUGUUGACGACCAAUAUUUUAUAACAAUUUUGUUGUAACUCUCACGUUAAAGUUUAUAGUGACGACUGCUGUCAACAAACACUGUUGAAUGUUUUUGAACUCGGGUUUUCGCUCAAUAUAGUUAUAAGAUGAAUCCGGCUAUGGUCUAACUUUCCAACUGUUAGUAUGAUUAAACGCUUUUUAGCGCUAACUUUAGGACGAAAUUGCCAAAUUACUGGAAAAAUAUUCUUUUGGCAUGUUUCUAUUACAUUUAAAAGUAGUUGGCUUGGAGCCCGACAGUAGAAAUUUUAUUGCAUUGUAUAUCUCUACAUAAUGUAAGCAUGUACAAAAUAUUAACAGUAGAUAAUCGUAAUUUACUUUCAUCCUUGUGUGCUAUUACACAAAUAAUUAAAACGACGUUUGAAAUAUAAAAUUAUCAUUAUUUUGAAUUAAUCUGGAAUCUCUACCGGCUAUAGUAAUAAAUAUUGUUUAGCUUUCAUAUUUAUGGCUCAAAAUUUUAACUGAUUUGAAUUGCGUGGACCUAAUGUAAAUAUAAGUUAGGGCUAUUUAAUUUUAAAUUUGAAUUCAAACUUAUUUUAUUUACAGCUAAUAAAUUAAUUGUAAAUAAAAUAAAAAUUAAGCAUUCCAUCGUGUGUGACUAGUAAGAUGUGGAAUUGGUAGAAGCAAUUUAAAUAAAAAAUGUAUUAAUUAUUUGUAAAUAAGGUGCAAAUGAUAACUGCCAUUUGAUCAAGAAUUAUUCUGACGGUUUGUCUGUAAACAGUGUAGUAUUAAUAUUAAUGGAAAACUACUGCUCUUGCUAUUAACACCACAAAAUGUAACUAUUAAUCGUUUAAUGGAGGCGUGUAUUUUUGAAAAUAAUCUAGGGAUAUGCUUAUACAAUAUUCUGAACAAAACGUUGAACUAAGAGGUUGAAUAUUGGCGCCGGGCACGCCACAUACAAAUUUGGCUCUUGUGCAAGUCAAAAUAAAGGUUAUUUUCAAUGAUACACGGCCGGGAUAAUCUUAUUAGCUGUAUCUAAUAAAUUACGUAGGAUAAGUAACAAUGGUACCAUUUUUUAUUCUAUUAAGCGAACUGUUUUGUAUCUCAGUAUUAAAAUAGGGAAUUUUGUGAGACUUUACAACGACGUUCGUACGGUUUUUUAUGAUCAAAGUAUUCUUUAAGUUUCUCAAAUUUCACGGUACCAUAUGCAGUGUAUUCGCCAAAGAUAAAGCAUAAUUUAACUUAAGUAUGUUUAAGGUUUAGGUGGUAAGGUUCAAAUUUGUACAGCAACAAGUUACUCAUCGUCAAUAUCGUGAAACCUUCGUUCGGUCCCAGUAGCCUCAAUAACUAAUUUAUUACUGCCAAUAGAUAAAGCAAUAGAUUCUCAAACCUGUGUAUUCCCUGGGAUCCGACCGAAGAGGAUGGCUGUUAAUAAUUGUGAUUAUUUUCUCGUCUGAAUGGUAUAAACGAAUAAAACCUAUUCGGUCACUUUUGAGACUACGAAAUUUUUAUAUCUCUUUUUUACGACGUAAAAAUUGUGGUGUCGUAAUGUGGCGUGACCCUAGUGUGUAAAUUUCAAACGAAAUGGAAAUAAAAUAUGCAAUAACAAAAAUAUACUAUCUCUACAUUGUAAGAAAACACAAUUUUUCAAUGUAAUUACUGCACACUAUUUAUAAUCGUAAAUAAUAAACAGUUAGACAGUUGUAAAAUAUGUUUACGGUUCUUACGAGGUGAUUUCUUACCGGGUAAUGUAUCCGAACGUUGAUUGAUUCGCGGGAUAUUACGCAAAAAGGUUUUUUUAGCAAAUCCGGGAACAGAAAUUGCUUCAGUUGUUCGAAGCUUGUUUGCUUUUAAUUUGAAUACAAUACAAUGAAGUUACCGUAGUGUGGUAAUAUAUUUACCUAAAUAGGAAGCGUAACGCGGGAGUAAGUAACGCGAAUUUCGAAUAUUAGCCUUUUAUUUCUAAAAUAAUGAACAUCAAUUAAUAUAAGGUUAGUAAUUUUUGUUCUGCAUUUUCUUAGUAGGUUUGCUAAGUCAUUUUUGAAGGAACAUCCACAUUUUGAAUUUACGAUUGAAGUAUUUUCUCAGUUAUGAAAUUUCUUGAUACUUUAAUAGAAUAAUGUGGACCGUUUUGAUGUUUCCUUUUUAUUACAAAGUGCCAUAAAUUAUGUUGUUACUGAUUAUCCAAGUGAUUAUUUGGCAGCGUAUCCGAAUAGAUUAUUUUUCGAAAUACUGAAUUUAGAAUUUACACGUUUAUGUUUUUAAAAGUUUUUUUAAAACUCGCUUUAUUCGUUGUUUUGCUUUUUCAAGUCAAUUAUGGUGCGCCCGAGUAUGUUUAAUGUAAUGUAAAUGCAAUUGUCACUGUGUGUUGUAAGAGAUGAGGUACCAUAACAAUCCCUAAUUUAUAUAAAAAAGUGUAAUUACAAUAUGACUUAUUUUUAUUUUAAAACUAGCUGAUCCCGCGAACUUCGUAUCGUUCAAACCUUCCCUGGACCUCUACAAACAUUUUAAAACCAAAAUCAGCUCAAUCGGCCCAGCCGUUCUCGAGUUUUAAUCAGACUAACGAACAACAAUUCAUUUUUAUUUAUAUAGAUAUGUGUAUUGUCGGUAGUUUAUUUUAUUCUGACUAGAGAAGAUGGUAACAUCUCAGGUUGAAAUAAGCUCAAUAAAAUAAAUACAGGACAAAAUAGAUUAUUACAAAUCCGCUUACAUUUUUAACAAAAAAUAUAAGCAACGGAUGAUUGUAACGCUAAUUACCUAUUUUUAAAAACAACGUUUUUUACUAAUUCCUCUUAUUAUGCACCUAACAUCUGUGAACAAAAUAAAAAUUAAUAUUAAAUUGAUUUGACUUAGUUCAAAAUGGCCGUCGUUUCUUACAACACAAGGUGCGUUAGUGUUAAGUCUCAUCUCGUGAUGUAUGACGUGUAUAACGUAAAUUAUAAACGGUUGAUGAUAGAACAAGUGUAUGAGUUUACAAUGAAAAUAAUAAAUGGAUUAAAAAUA